CGCCAAGGCAGUGGCAUGGUCACCAAGACGGACUUGAAGCGCCAGGGCGUGAACCUCGCGUUCGGCCAAGGCAUUUCGGUCUGCCUCACGGCCACCGGCGUCUUCUCGCAAUACCUCUCGCGCAACAACGCGAGCGCGCCAACGUUCCAGACGCUCUUCCUCUACGUGGCUCUCGGCCUCAUCUUUGCCUCGUACUUUUAUGCGCAGCGCCGGCCGUCCGUGCACUUGCCGUGGUGGUACUGGUGGCUCCUUGGCUUCGUGGACGUCGAAGCCAACUACUUUUGCGUCCUCGCGUUCCGCGGCGUCGUCAACUUUGCCGUCCUUGGGCUCAUUCUGCACAUGACAGUGCCUUUCGUCACGCUCCUGAGCUACGUUGUACUCCGGAAGCGAUACCACGCACUGCACAUGGUCGGAUGUGCGUUUGCAUUUGCCGGGUGCGUCGUCAUCUUCGCCCACAACAACGAGAGCGCCGAGUACCCAGACCAAGCCAAAGGGAACGCGUGGUCGCUGGCGGCUGCAUUUCUCUACGGUGUCUCCAACCUGAUGAGUGAGUACGCCGUCAAGCGCGGCGGCUUGGACGCCAACGUCGAGUGCCUCGGGAAGCUUGGCGCGACGGCCGCAGUCGUUUCAGCGAUCCAAGUCGCCAUCUUUGAGCGAGACACAGUCGCGGCCGUCGACUGGUCCGGCGUCAACAUUGGGUACACGGCUGGCUACGUUCUUGCCAUGUUCAUCUUCUACGUCGUCGUCAACAUCUUCCUCCGCGUGACCGAGUCGCUCAUGUUCAAUCUCUCGCUGCUCACGGCCGACAUUUACAACGCCGCGAUGAACUACGUGUGCUUUGGCGACGCCGUCCCUGGCAUCUACUGGCUGGCCCUCGCCCUCAACUACGUCGGCACUGCUGUCUACGCGCUGAAAGAGCCGACGCAGCUGCCACCAAAGGGCGAGACCUCGGGGGCCAAUGCGCCGAGAGACUUUGACGAGCUCCGCACGCCACCCAGCGAAAAACCGAUUGCCGACUUGGUGUAAGACCAUGUAUCACGAGCUAUCGCGGUGCAACAGAAUGGUAGCCGAAAUGACGCGUCGUUGCACGUACAUGUACUAGUACUAGUACAGUAUUUGUACGAGUCGCGCCACA